AUGGCUUUUUCCAGCUUCCUCAUCCUGACCUCCCUGUGUAUUGCGGGCCGAGAGGCCCUCAGCGUAUCUGACUGCGGAGCAUUUGCCAGACGACCAGAAUACACAGAUAUCUCUGUGGUGUGCGGCACAUCCUCCAUCCACCUGGCGAUUCAGAUCUGCCCGGUCGUCUACACUGGAUACAAUGAGAGCUUACUGAUCCUCAACCGCAUCCGGGGUGAUGUGAGCUGUCAGGGGACCCUGGACACCUCAGUGACACCUCCUGUGGUGAAAUUCAGCUUCCCCAUCCGUGAAGGAAACGCCUGUGGGAGUAACUUCUUGACCACGAGCGCGCCAGGCACGGGAAUAUUCUCCGACUUCUCCAACAUCCAGUCGGUCAACGUCAGCGGUGUGAUCCGAUCCUUCGAUCCCACCAUCGGGACGAUCACGUACAACGCUGAGCUCAAGUAUUACUACUCAUGUGCCUAUCCACUGGAGUAUCUCAUCAACAACACACAGGUGGAUGUGUCAUCCUCCUCUAUUGCUUUGAAGGACAACAAUGGCAGCUUCAUCAGCACCCUCAGCAUGGCCUUGUACAAGGAUAUAAAUUACACCACGCCCCUCAUCUUGCCAGCUGUGGGCGUCGAACUGAGAACAAACGUCUACGUGGAGGUGGUUGCAUCCAACCUCACAUCACAGUACUUUGUUCUUCUGGACCGGUGCUACGCCUCGGUGAACCCACAGCCCGCCAAUUCCACCAUCUUUAAUCUGUUUGUCUCGUGCUCCAUAGAUCAGCUCACCACCAUGCUGGAGAACGGGGAGAGCCAAAAGGCCCGCUUCUUCUUCCCGGCGUUCCGCUUCAUCGAGCAGCAGAAUGAGACCAUCUCCACCUACUAUCUGCACUGCAUCACUCGACUCUGCGAGCGCAGCACCUGCAGCACCUUCAAGCAAUGCAACAGGAGGAAGAGGAGCACGGAGACCAUGGUGGUCCAGGACAGCAUCACUGAGCCAUCGGUGCUCACAGUGGCUAUAAAGGCCAAGAAAGACAACUCCAUUCAACACAAAGAAGAGGCGCUGUCUGGUGGCCAGUCUGAUGGCAAGGGCGCGUCUGUUGGCCUGGGGAUUGCUGUGGCCGUCCUCGUUGUGAUAGGUGUAGCAGCCUUUUUGAUGGCUGCAUCUUUUUAUCGAAAACUGAAGCGGCUAAGCUAGCAGCGGCCCCUUAAUGUUGGUGAGCGGAGGUCAGCCCAGGCUAAAUGACAUAAUGAGUUUGACAGGGUGACAUUCACAUACUGGUGGAGGUGCAUAAUGUAUGUAUGUAGGACUCUGCUUUACUGAAUCAAAGUAUUGAUUGAAGCACUUAAUGUUUCUUUCCAAUCCUUCACAGACUGUUAGACGUUAUGGAAGGUGAAGUCUGAAUAAUGCACCUUUUCAUGAUGCACUGCAUGUUAAAAAGGAGAGAGGGAACUCAGUUUUUACCUUAAAGGAAUAGUUCAACAUUUUGGGGAAAUACACCUAUUAUUAAAAUAGCUUUCUCCAGGAAGUCAAUGGUCCCUGCCAAGAAAUAGUCUGGCUAAACAAACAAGAUAUAAAGUGUUCGUUGCAGCAAUGUUUUCUUAUGAAUGGGUUUGUACAAUAUCCCAUUAAAUAAUGGUUGCUAUUAUAAAUACAUUGGAAGCAUUGUGAUAUGGAACUACUUAAGGACAGGCAAAACACUUUUUUAAGGUUAGAAAAGCAGAACAGGGUUAGGCUUAAAAUGAAAUAACUACUGAACACAGUUAUGUCAGUGUCAUAGAACAUAAAAAAAUAAUAAUAAGAGGAAACAAACAUCAGUCUCCUGUGUAAAAGUUCUGGUUAUGUGCCCUCUGACCCGCCUUUAAUGCGUCUGCGGUCUUUAAAGGGACACAAUUUCGUGGGAUGGCAACAAAAUGUGGUGUAUAUUUUACUCCGUGGUGGAAAAAGUAUUCAGAUCCAUUACUAUAGUAAAAGUACUACACUGUGAAAUUACUCCACUACAAGUUAAAGUCCUGAUUUAAAACUUAUUUAAGUAAAAAUACAAAAGUAUCAGCAUCAAAAUGUAAAUAAGUAUCAAAAAUAAAAGUACUAAUUUUGCAGAAUAUUCCAAAUAUAUUAUUGGAUUAUUAUUAUUAUUGAUGCAUUAAGGGAAGCAGAGUUUUAGUUUUCUCAAGAUGGGGCUCAUUUGAACUACUUACUAUACUGUUAUACUUUAAAUUGAUCAUGUUUUAUGUUACAUCUCAACCUGAAAAGUAACUAAAGCUGUCAGCUAAAUGUAGUGGAGUAAAAUGCACAAUGUUUGCCUCAAAAUGUAGUGGAGUAGAAGUAAUGAACAAGUCACUAAAAUGAUUACUUGAGUAAAUGUACUUAGUUACUUUAUGCUAAGCUAAGCCUGCUGGCUGCAGCUCCAGCUACAUAUUUACUGUACAUACAUGAAGCAGACAUGGAUCUUCUCUUGCUCCCAACAAGACAGCAAAUAGACAUAUUUUCCUCAACAUUGAAC